CUCAGAAGGUGGCGGCAAUGCCACAACAACUUGUUAGCAAUGCAAGAUUAGCAGCAGAAGAAGAGGACAUGUGUCACGUGACAUUGUUUAUGGUGAGUGGGGACGAUGGCGAGAAACGAGGAGAAGCAACAAGGGAAACUGAACAGACUGUGGCUGCAGAAGGAGAGAGAGGAGGGACGACUCCGAGAUGCUCACGAGCGCAGACCGAAGCUGCCAAACCUUCUCCUCCACAGUCCACUCUCAAUUCAGCCUCGUCUGUGACCAAGUGGAUCCCCAGCAUCAAGAAUGAAAUAGAGUAUUACCUGCAACAGUCCCAGCUGUCUCACUACCCAGAGAGGAAGAUAGCUGAGUUCCAGCUGCGCAUCGAGGCUCUGGAGAAAGAGUACAAAAGAUUCAUCGCCAAACUGCGAGCGCUCGACCCUUCGUGUAAACACAAGCCAUGGACUCCUCGAGGGUACUGCAAGAGGAGAGCAGAGACACAGGCCUCUCAGGGAACAGUUAAAAACCCUCGGCGCAGUGAUUCACAUGACGACAGCAGUCAGUGGAGUGGAGCUGAACCUGACUUGGCUAGCAGCCGGACAGGAUGUCACCAAACCUCAGCCACCGAGAGGGAGGGACCUCUCAGAUAUUCAGAGGCCAGACGUCAAACCCCUGUCCCCACCAACCCGAGGUCAGAAACCUCAGAGACAGUCUGCGCAGACCAGGACCAGCCGCUCUCCUUUGACCGCACACGACUGGCAGUGGCCACCGCUGCGUUCAGAGGGCCGUCGGUUCAGCUCAGCUCGUCUCGAACACAGAGUCUAGCCAGGGUACUGCAGUCAGGCCUGCCAAACCUCAGUAAUUCCCUGUCAGGUCAAACAUUUUCAUCACAGAACAGAGACACAGAGAGAGAUGUCGGGACAAUGGAGGGUUUGGUUUUCGGACUGAAAGGUGCCGUCCAACAACAUAAGUCAGAGUGUGAAGCAGCAGAGAGGAAACCUGAGAAAUCAUCGAACUCGUGCACAACAGAGGAGAGCACAGGUCACGUCCUGGGAUUAGACUGUUACUCUUCCUCUGAUGGGGAGUGGGACACGUGAUAUUGUAGAUCAUCAGACAUACGUAGUAGUUUACAUUUUUAUACAUUUUGUGUACUUUCAAGGGCUGGCAGGUCAUGUGAACAACAAGAUUGAUGUGAUAAAAGUACUUUGUAAAAAAACAAUUAAAUAUAAUAAUAAUAAAGAAUUAAAAACCAAAA